AUGGGUAACGGUUCGUUUCUUGCUUACAUCCCCAAAUCCCCUCAACUUCUCCAAAUCUACACUUCACCCCCAGAUGUUCUUCUUUAUUCCCCAAACCCCAAAUCCACAUCCCCAAAAUACCCUUCACCUUCACGAUUCAUUUUCUUUGCACAAAAUGGAAACAACGACGAUGAUUUAACCAAACAACCCAACAAGAAACCAGAAGAACAGGCAAGUGACGGUGGGGAUUCGAAGGACGAUCGGCGGUCCAUUUUUAAUUUCAGGCUGGGUGAUUUGCUGGAUCCCGAUCCUGAUAACAUCGUAGCUCUUGUAUUGACGGGUCUGCUAUCGUGGGCAAGUGUUCAGGUUCUGUGGCAGUUGUUUUUGAUCUCAGGGGCUAUCCUUUUAGCUGCUCUCAAGUACUCUUUCAUUGCCGCUCUUCUUGUUUUCGUUCUCAUUACUCUUCUUUGAUAAAUUUUUGUAUCUGCAAUUGUAUAUCAAUUCUCAGUUUUCCUUGGGUUUGAUU